AUGGUAGAUGUGCUAGCUGAAAUCGGGAAGCAGAGUGGCAUCCCAUCCUUCUACAUUUCAUUUGUAUUGGCACCUAUGGCCUCCAACUCCUCCGAGUUAGUCGCUGCGUACAAUUAUGCAUCACGCAAAACGUCCAAGACGAUCACAAUUGCCUUGAACACAUUGGAGGGUGCCGCUUGCAUGAACAACACCUUCUGCCUCGGCAUCUUCAUGGCACUGGUUUACUUCCAGGGCUUAGCUUGGAAGUUUACCGCGGAGACCAUCACGAUCCUGGUGGUGGAGUUUGCUGUCGCUUUUUUGGUGAUGCUGAACCAUCAUCAACGGGUCUUUGAUGCUUUCCUCAUCCUAUGCCUGUUUCCAGGAGCUUUGGCUUUGGUUUACGUCCUCGAGAACUAUGUCGGACUCGACUGA